AUGGACUCACUCAUGGACGUGGACCUUCUGGACCCUGUAGACCAGGACUUGGACCUGGCUCCACCCCCACUUCUCCCUAAACCAGGAAAAGACAAUGCCAGGCUCCAGAAACUCAAGAAGAAACGAGCCAAGAAGAAACCAGGGCUGUGCCAGACGCCGGUGCCUUUCAGGUCCUGUUUGUCUCCGGUUAAUGAAGUUCAAACGGACCUGGAACUAGACUUGGACCCAAGAAGCCCCAGUCCCCCCAAACCAGGCCAGAGACCAGGCCAGAGACCAGGCCAGAGACAACAGAAAUCCAUACCACAGCACUUGGACCCACGAGUCAUCUCCAACCAUUACAUCCCGACAAACCCUCCGAACCAGACCGUAGUCCAACCCCGGCCCACAAUAGUCCAGCCCCAGCCCACAGUAGUCCCAGUCCCCAUGAGUCCGUACCCUUACUUCUGUACAGACCCUUCACUUCCCCAAUCCCACCCAUCCAUUCAGCAGCAACAGCACCCUGACCCAAGACUAAUCUCCCGCCACUACGUCCCACCAAACCCUCCGGUGUUGACCUGGACCGGUCCUAACCCUCAGCCAAACCUGGUUCCAAAGACCUUCACAGAACCAGGUCUGGACUGUACUGCAAAAUUCUCCGUCCAGAUACAGACCAAAGACCCGGUUUCAGAAAGACAGCGUGAAGUGAACCGGCUGUCUGGGAUUUUCCCUGAAGUCCAAACCAACUACAGACCAGGACCCCUCCCUACGCAACAUGUUCCAGACCCAAGUCCAGGUUUUCAACUGGUCCCGAAACUCCCAGACCCAGAUUUCAACCCAGACUUCAACUCAGACCAACCGUUUUUCAGCGAUGAAAGUGCGGCUCCGCACCCCUUGAAGGCCAGUUUAGACGCAAGUCCUCGGACUCAAGUCUUCAGUCCUACAAUAGUCCGGAAUCAGUCCUGCCUCAGUCCAGGUCUUGGACCAUACCAGGUCUCAGAGGCCAGAAAGUCCCUAUCCUCCAUCCUUGAGUCCCAGAUCAAGAAUUCCAACAACCACCGGCCUAAAUCCUAUUACGGACUCACGCCAUCUCAGUAUGAAGCCUUUGGAGGGAUCAAGUCCAAGACCCAAGACCCUAGGCCUAAUGACAUCCAUCCCCAAGACCCUAGGCCUAAUGACAUCCAUCCCCAAGACCCUAGGCCUAAUGACAUCCAUCCCCAAGACCCUAGGCCUAAUGACAUCCAUCCCCAAGACCCUAGGCCUAAUGACAUCCACCCUCAAGACCCUAGGCCUAAUGACAUCCAUCCUCAAGACCCUUGCCCUAAGAAUUAUGAGAACCAUAUCCCUGACCCCUUCAAACCUGAGACUGAACCAGGACUAAAGGAAGACUCACUGAAACCUCAAAACAAACCAGAACUUAAGGAAGACUCUUUGCAACCUGGAAUCGAACCAGGACUUAAGGAAGAAAUGUUUGAGACUGAGGCAAAAGCCAGAAUCAGAUCACUGGAGCUUCUCAAAGACUCCGCAGGAACCAGACAAAGAAAAGUCUCUGUCAUCUCUGCAAAAAACUGGACUAACCUCAGCUCAAAGCCCAAUGAAGAACCCAAAGACGGAUGGUCCCGGUCAGGUCUCAAUGAAAACCGACCCAGACCAGACCAAGACCAGACAGAAUACUUCCAAAGAGGCGGCUCUGAAAUCCCGGCUCCGACUGAAAGAGACUUUGAAGGAAACCAUGGAAAAGCUCGACAAGAUCCUGGACAAAAAGGGACUAAAGAAGAAAAUCCGGACUCAGGACUCAAUCGAGACCAUGGACUUGACAAGGACUGGCCUACAGGAGUCUCUACAGCAAAUGAAGAUGGACAAAACCCAAUCACAGAAAUCUCCAAACCAGGAACACCACCUCAAAACAAAAGUAAAAAGUCAUUAUUGGGUUUAUUUAAAAAGCAAAAGGCCGAGUCCAAUGAGUCCCCCAAAGCCGAGGUCAGCCUGGGUUCGAACACAGACCAGGAGUCUAGUCCAGGUCCAGAGGAGAAGAAGAAGUCCGUCCUGAUGUCCAAGUCCAAAAGUUUAGCUUCCAAAGUGAGCGGCUGGAGUCGUCUAAAGAAGCACAUGGUCGUGGAGCAGGAAGAACCCGAGUUUCCAGACAUUGAGCCCAAGUCGAGUCCUGGACUUGAGCCUGUUCCUAACCCAAGUCCAGGACCAGGACCAGAACCAGGACCAGGACCGCAACUCAGUCCAGAUCUGGACAUGUCACAAGCCACAGCAGAGACUGGGCCUAAAGCUUUGAAAAUGUGGGAUGCACUUCUCUUCCACAUGUUCUCCACCAAAGAACGCAUCCUGAAGCAGCUGGAGCAGAACCAGAGCUCCAAGACCAACCCAGACCCGGAGUCUCAGAAGGAUCCAGAGACUGAGGCGCCUUCGUUCAUCAGCCGUCUGCCCGUGCUGCUCUACAGCCCACGCUUUGACGCUCGCAAACUGAAAGAAGCAGCAGAGAAACCCAUCAGUAAACUGUCCACUACCUUUGAGCGAGCGCUGAUGCGACGGAAGAACCCUGAGGAGCAGAAGAAGGACUUCAACCGGAGACCCAAGGGUUUUCAGUCCAAGGCCGAGGCUGAAGACUGA